AUGGAUAAACGUGAAAAGUUCAUUGGGGUGGCAGGUGGUUUAGGCAAUAACAUAAACAACAUGAUCGGUGCUGGAAUUUUUUCAUCUCCUGGCACCGUGUGGCGUAAUGUGGGCUCUCCCUGGAUUGCCCUUAUUUUAUGGGCAAUUGGGGGUUUUGUGAGUCUUUGUGGAACUUUAACGUACACAGAGCUCGGAAGUCAAUUUCACGGUGCUGGUGAGACGACUUAUUUUGAAUACAGUUUCCCAAAGCCUCGUCUGCUCCUCAGUUACUCGUUUACCAUGGUGUACAUAGUGAUAAUUCGACCCGCAGGAAUAUCGGCGGUGGCAAAUGUUUGUGCUCAGUACCUGUUAUUUACGCUGGGAUUGGACGCCAAAGGAUGCGACUUGUACUAUGAUUUCCACCCUCCAUAUUUUCAAGGAAGCAACUUUUGGAGGCUCAGGUUGAUUACCAUUGCAAUUUUAGCGGUGAUUGCCCUGUACCAUUCGCUCUCCAACAAAUGGUCGAAUAGGAUCAACCAGGCCCUGGUGAUGAUAAAAGUCUUGACAAUAUUGACUGUUGUCAUACUUGGAUUGUCUUUCGCAAAAGCGUCGGCAGAGAGAGCAAACAAUGGGAACAGAAAUUGGAAAUCGUUUUCUACUGCUGAUCCUUCUUUCUAUGAUGUCAGCGCUACGACAUGGAUUCAAAGAUAUAUAACCGCAAUGCUGACGAUUCUGUUUGCGUACUCGGGUUGGAACAAUCUUAAUUACCUCACUGACGAAUAUGAGACGGGAGGUUCCUAUAGAAACCUUUGGAUAAGUAACGCAGGAGCAGUCGGGAUAGUGACUCUACUGUAUCUACUGGCCAAUUUUGCUUACACGGCGGUACUGGACGUUAGCACCAUAACCGGAAGUACGGGAUCGGAUCCUAACGAAAUCAUAGGCAUUUAUUUUGCCACCCAAAUCAGCAAGGUGAACGAUGAAAUUGAGAAUCCAGAUGCCAACAUCAAAACAGCGCGAGCGUUGGCCUUUUUCAUUGCUCUCAGUGCCUUUGGUGCUGCUGCCGUGUUAAUGCAAAGUGCUUCAAGGGUGGUGGAAAAGGCAGGCGAGCACAACUAUGUCCCAUACAUUUCAACGUGGUUGACAACGUGGAAUACUCGAUUAGGGACUCCCGUAAAUUCGUUUAUAGCGCUCUUUACGUGGUGUUCCUUUCUGACCCUGAUAGUACCCGGUAGUAGUCCGUUCGAGUUUUUAACAGAACUCGAGCAAUACUCUGCGUAUUUUUUCUUCCUCCUCACAGCUAUUGGUGCACUGAAAUUGCGGCGAAAAGGAUGGCUAGAGACACGCGCAUACAGGGCACCUUUAUUUGCCGUGCUACUUUUCAUUCUGUUUGCAUUCUUGAUUGUCGUUCUUGCGUGGGUGCCAGAGGCACACAAAUCUUCUCCGGCAACUUCAACAAUUCUAACGAACGCAACAGCCUUGCAAUGCCCAACCAGUAAAAUCAAUACCUAUGCUGUGUUUGGUACCAGUCUCGGAGCCGUGAUGCUGACGGGCGUGUUAUGGUGGUUCCUGGGAGAUAAAUUUACACGUGAGGAAGAGAACGAAAAAUAA